GGGAGAAAAUGCUGGCGGCUCCCCAGAAUUCCACGACUUUUUUUGGUCUUGUUGAAAACGAAAACGGUUCACUAUAUAGUCAUAAUAUACAUAUUGAAGAAGAAGAGAAAGCACAAGCAAACAUAAUAUGCUCUUUUCUCAUUUGGAUAUUCUUUCCUGAAGAAAGUUGUAGAGAAAGAGAGAGAAUGGUGCUAUGGGAGAUCACAUUGGCAACGGCGUAUUUCUUGGGUCUGAAACGAACUUACAAGCUCUUCUUGAGGAUUCAGCGUAAGCUCAUUACUCCCAAUCACCCCAGGCUUCGUGCUUUCGCUCAAAGGCGAACACGAGCUGCCUUUGACAUGGCACUGACCAUUCAUCGCAAGAUACAAGAAAGAGAUAUUGAAGCUGGUAAGAAUCUUGGGAAUUGGAUCCUUCGUUGGCUUGAUAAAAUGAAGCCAUCAGCUAAUAUUCGAGGAAAUCCCUCAGAUAGCAAUGUAAUUACGAGCGCAAGUAAGCAGCUUAGGAAAUCAUCUCACUCCCCAAAGCCGGAGGGAUUCCAGAAAUAUGGUGCUGGCCAGGAUAAGGGAUCCAGCAGCAGGCAUCUGUUUACCUCAGGGAGGAACACAUGGCAGAAAGCCUAUCCAACCAUUUCUAUGAUGAUCAAACCAAGAAGCCCUGCUGGAACAAGCAUCCAGUGCAGGCAGUUCAAAACUGUCUUGCCAGCUAGUUUCAAAGGCAUGAAUCUUGCGAAACAUGGUUUUGAGGGAGUGAUCCGACCGGAUAUAUUGCAGUGGAUUCAACGAAGCUAAUCCAUUAACUACUCUGUUGCUGCUUUGGCCUUUUCACUUGUGGAGCUGAAGCAUUCAAGAAUUAGUUCUGGCAAUAACUAAAAGCGUUAUGGUUUUAAAUUGUAGACUUUGCGGCUUCUGUUUUCUUUUGGCUGCCUAGUGCUUUCCAGUCAACCUUGUAAAUUCUUUUCGGAUUCUGCCCAGUACUUGCACUUCACCCAACCUUGAUUGUUGAGUAGCUCUCUUUGGAAUUUGAUUUCUGUUGUGGAAGUGUAUCAAGACCUGAGAUUAUCUUCCAUCCCAAAGAACCGAAAAACAGUGCUACUUUUUUCUUUAUUGUAUUUGCACUCUAUAGAUAAAGGUGUUUGGUGUUCCUCCCCUUGAUCAAUUGCAUAUCCCAUUUUUUGGGAUUCUGCCCAGUACUUGCACUUCAACCAACCUUGAUUGUUGAGUUGCUCUCUUUGGAAUUUGAUUUCUGUUGUGGAAGUGUAUCAAGACCUGAGAUUAUCUUCCAUCCCAAAGAACCGGAACACAGUGCUACUUUUUUCUUUAUUGUAUUUGCACUCUAAUAGAUAAAGGUGUUUGGUGUUCCUCCCCUUGAUCA